AAUAAGCUCUUCGUCACCGAUCUGCCAAUCAUCUCGCGAAGAAAUCAAGGCGAAAGCAAACAACGAGCACUGGUUAGAAACCAAAGAUUGGGCUUAAUCACAAGGGAGGCACAUAAAACAGCUCGCAAGCGCGCAUGGGGAACUGUCUCAAGCUGCAGCGGGAGGCGUCGUGGGUGGACGACGGCGAGUGGGAGGUGGCGGAGGGCAAGGGGACGGCCGCCGUCGAGAAGAUGGAGCGGGUGGAAGUGAAGAUCAGGGUGACGAAGCGGCAGCUGCAGGAGCUGCUGGAGAAGGCCGGCGGCCGGGACGGCAAGGUGCGGCAGGUGGAGAAGGUGCUGGCUGAGCUGAUGACCUCCGGCAGGGUGUGCUACCAGCCGCCGGAGGAGAUGAUGAGGGGGCAUUGGAGGCCGUCCUUGCAGAGCAUACCGGAAGCUGCCGAGGAGUCAUGACGGCUCAAAAGUUUUGGGCUUUUUGGCCGGAGGAUGUACAGAUUAUUCUGUACAUGAUUAGUUCUGUGUGUGCCGAGCUGCUCUAGGAAGAUACAGGUUUUAGCGAUUCUUUCUGAGAUUUUUGUUUUCGAUAACACAGAUGUACAGGAUUACAGAAUGAAAAUGCUGAUAGAGAGCAAUUACUGAAA